AUGACUGUCAAACGACGCGGUUACGACUCCAACUCCGAUGGCAAUGAUCGCCCUUUUAAGAUUCCUCGCACCCCUGCAGCCAUUCGACUGGACACCAUAAAUAACAUGGCUUUGACCAGUCGUAGCCUUGAAGAGGAGCUCGACUAUCUUUUACGGGAGCCUAAGGCCGCGAAUUAAUCCUCAAAUCACCCUUAAUAAACUUAAAAACAACCACGUAAACCGACUUGUUAAUUAUAUUAACAAAAAUUUAAAAGUCGAACAGCUUUUAAAAAAAGCUAAAACUGAAAGAUUAAAUGAAUUAGUAGAAAUUAAAAGUAAUCGUGGAAUUAGACAAAGUCAAGGAUUACCCGUUAGAGGACAACGUACACAUACAAAUGCAAAAACUUCUAAAAAAAUAAAAAAAAUUUUUAUUCAGAAACGUAUUUCACGUAAUAAACGUCCUUUUAAGGUACAAAAAAAGAAAAAAAAAUAAAAUUAUCAUUCUAUGAAUAAUACUAAAUUUAAAUAUAAUUUUAGAAAUAAAUAUAAAGUAAAAAAAAAUUUAAAAAAAAAAAAUCCUUUAAUUUUAGCUAAUUUGCAUAUUACUGCUAGGUUAAAAAAUACUAUUAUAAGUUUAACAAAUUAUAAUGGAAAUCUGUUUAAAACAAUGGUCAACAAAGUCAUUAAAAAAAAACAAGAUUUAAAAGAAAAUACACCGAUAUAAGGGUUCAAUUAAGUGUUUAUAAAAUUAAAGAAAUA